AUGGCUUUAAUAGAAAUAAGUCAGGGUUAUAUCAAAGGCGGAAAAACGACUACGGACAGUGGAGUGUCCUACUAUGAAUUUCUUUGUAUCCCUUAUGCCAAACCACCGGUUGGAAACUUGAGAUUUAAGAGCCCUGAACCUCUUGAAAAAUGGGAUGGUGUUUUAGACGCAACAGAAUAUAAGGAAGACAAAGUGUGUGUGCAAAUUAUUUCAGAGAAUAAUAGUUGUAUUGGAAAUGAAGAUUGUUUGUAUCUUAAUGUUUAUACACCUAAACUACCGGAAUUUUAUUCUAAGCUAUUGCCCGUUAUGGUGUUUAUCCAUGGAGGUGGUUUCGUUAGAGGCAAUGGUGUUCUUAAACUUAUAGAGAAGAUGGGUUACACUGGAUCCACCGAAGACAAAAAAGCUAUUCUUGAAUUUUUGGUCGCAAGCCCUAUAAAUAUAUUAUCAAACAAAGCUGGUGAAGUAGAUCUUGAAUCAAUUUCUGCGAGGGGUCGAUUUGAAUUCAUUCCAACCAUAGAAAAGAAUUUUAGCGAUGGAAAUCAAAUGCUUACUGAACAUCCAUACAAAUUAAUAAAAGAUGGACAGUUUAACCGUGUGCCUACAAUAAUGGGUGUCUGUGAAAAAGAGGGUUACUUUUUGGAGGUCGUUAAAGCGAAUUCUUUCCGUGAUAUAAGUGAAAAUAAAAAUUUCGUAGACUACUUGCCUUACAAACUUGAAGAAAACAAAGACGUGGUUAAUAAACAUUUUCUAUCAGUUUACUCUAUGAACCUUACAAAAGAUGAUGAUGAUAACAAAUUGGCUUUGGAUUUCUUCGCUGACCUUGAUUUUGUAGCUGGGUGCUACUUAAGAGGUGAUGUAAUGGCUAGGAAAGGAGUUCCCGUAUAUUUCUAUGAAUUCCAUUAUGACGGAAACAUUAAUCACUGUAAAAUGUUUUUUAAUAUAAAAAGAAAAGGACCUACACACGGAGAUGAAUGGGCUUACAUUUUUGAACAUGAUUUAGUAUCAAAAUCCGCUGAUGAGAAAGAUGCUUCCGUAAGGGAAACUGUUACAAAACUGUGGACCAAUUUUGCAAAAACAAGUAACCCUACACCAAACGACGAUUUAAACAUUCGUUGGCCGUCAUAUAACACAUCGAAGUGCUGUCUCUUUAUUGACGAAAAACCAGAAAUCCAAUCAAACUAUCUGGCAAAUAGAAAAGACAUAUUCCCUAAAAUGUAUAAUAUUGCAAAUUAA